AUGAACAGGGUGUUUCAUAACGUACUGAAUAAGUAUAUUAUCGUGUUUAUCGAUGACAUUUUGGUCUACUACAAUAGUAAAGAAGAGCACGCUGACCACCUUCGCUUCGUGCUGCAGCGCUUGAGAGAAAAGCAACUAUAUGCUAAGUUCAGCAAGUGUGAGUUCUGGUUACAACAAGUGGCUUUCUUAGGUCACCUAGUUUCUGCCAAGGGCAUUGAGGUUGACCCCGGUAAGGAUGGAAAAGUUGUAGCCUACGCUUCUCGUCAGCUGAAGGAUUAUGAGAAGAAUUACCCAACUCAUGACUUGGAGUUGAAGGAACUUAACAUGAGACAAAGGCAAUGGUUGGAGCUCAUGAAGGACUAUGAUUGCACCAUCCAUUACCAUCCUGGUAAGGCAAACAUUGUGGCGGAUGCUCUUAGUCAAAAGUCUAAGACCUUAUCCAUCGUGUCCUUGGUUGUCAGUAAGGAACUUGUUGAAGAAGCUAGAAGGAUGGAUCUGGAGUUACUGGCAAAGGGUGUUACUCUAUCAUUAGUAGCCCUCUAUUUUGAUGCAGAUGGUGGAUAUCUGGCUGAUCUAGAGGCCCAGCUAGUGGACUACGAUAGUAUUGGCAUGGAGGAACCUGAGGCUAAGUUAGAAGAACAUGACGACGACUGCCCUGUGAUGAUUGUGCCUACAGGCCGUGAUGUGGUUGGGGAUAGUCCCCUCUUUUGA